AGUGUAAAGCUGAACCAUGGUUCGGUGGUUUCAUAGAGAUUUAUCAGGUUUGGAGGCUGAGACUCUCCUGAAGAAUCGUGGCAUUCACGGAAGUUUCCUGGCUCGACCUAGCAAGAAGAACGUCGGUGAUUUCUCUCUGUCUGUCAGGGUGGGAGAGGCAGUUACACACAUUCGUAUUCAGAAUACAGGAGAUUAUUAUGAUCUGUAUGGAGGAGAAAAGUUUGCUUCACUGUCGGAGCUGGUGGAAUUUUACACCGCUGAUCACGGAACACUACAGGAUAAAGAUGGAACUCUCAUCCAACUCAAAUACCCACUCAACUCCUCUGACCCUACAACUGAGAGGUGGUUCCAUGGACAUCUCUCAGGUCCUGAUGCAGAGAAGUUACUGCGAGAACGUGAUGAGAUCGGAGUGUUCCUGGUACGAGAGUCUCUGUCCAACCCAGGAAACUAUGUCCUGUCAGCCCUCACCGACCAGAUGAACACUAAAGGAAACCGAGUAUCUCACAUCAAGAUCUUCUGCAAAAGUAAUGGCUACUCGGUGGGGGGGAAGGAGGUGUUCGACUCUCUGACUGAUUUAGUGGAACAUUAUAAACGUUCCUGCAUCGAGGAAACUAAUGGAACCAAGGUUUACCUUAAACAGCCAUUUUUCACGACAAGGGUGAACGCAGCUGAUAUUGACAGCAGAGUGAGACAACUGGACGAGAAGUCUGAGCGACAGCACGAUGACGGAGAUAUAAAGAAAAAAGCUGGAUUCUGGGAGGAGUUUGACGCUCUGCAGAAGCUGGAAUCUAAAUUAAAGAGGAGUAGAGAUGAAGGGAUGCGUCCGGAGAACAAAAGCAAAAACCGAUACAAGAACAUCCUGCCCUUCGAUGAAACCAGAGUGGUUCUGCAGGGUGGAGACCCCAAUAAGGUGGGAUCUGAUUACAUCAACGCCAACUAUGUGAAGAAUAAGUUGUACGAGACCGGCCCUCAGAAAGUCUACAUCGCAUGCCAAGGCUGCCUCGCAUCAACAGUGAAUGAUUUCUGGCAAAUGAUCUGGCAGGAGGGGUCACAGAUCAUCGUCAUGACAACGAUGGAGGUUGAGAAAGGACGGAACAAAUGUGUUCCAUACUGGCCUGAUGCUAAAACUUCAAAAGAAUUUGGGAAGUACGAAGUGAAGUCACUGGAUGAGAAGGAAGCCCAUGAUUAUAAAAUUCGAGUGUUGGAGUUGGCACCGAUCGACAGGAGCAAAAAAGCUAGAGAAAUCUGGCACUAUCAGUACAUGAGCUGGCCCGAUCAUGGGGUUCCUGAGACACCUGGUGGAGUCCUCAGUUUCCUCACCCAGGUCAACAACAAGCAGCAGGAUUUUCCAAGGGCAGGACCAAUGAUCAUUCACUGCAGUGCUGGUAUCGGCCGUACAGGAACCAUCAUUGUGAUUGACAUGCUGAUAGAAACCAUCAACACUAAAGGUGUUGAUUGUGAUAUCGAUAUACAGAAGUGUAUACAGAUGGUGAGGGAUCAAAGGUCUGGGAUGGUCCAGACAGAAGCACAGUAUCGCUUCAUCUAUCUGGCUGUCAAGGCUUACAUAGACUUUGAGAAAGCUAAAGAAGAAGCAAUCAAGAACACAGAGACGGAGUACGGGAACCUGUCCCUGGCGAACAAACACCUAAAAGUGUCCCGAAAAGUCUCCAAGAAUAAAGAUGAAAUGUACGAGAAUUUAGGAGCGAAAGGGAAGAAAGACGUGAAGAAGCAGAAAUCAGAGGAGAAGAAAAGCGGCUCUGUGAGAAAACGAUAAAAUUUAACCAGUUCGUUAGUGAAGCUCAGUCUGAUCUUACAUUUACAUUAAAACAGUACCUUAAACAGUACCGGUACCAAAUCAUUUCUAAUCAGAACCUUUAUUAGAACCAACAACAAAAUGUUUCCUAAUCUGAGGUGGGCGUGUCCCAAUGCACACUGUAAAUACAUAAUGAUAUUUUUAUUUCAUUCUGAAUUUUUAAUAUUUUAUAGUUUUUUUUGUCUAAACAAUAAAAAGAUGUAAUUUUAUUUAAAUAAAGAAUGGAACAUUAGACAAAAUCGAAAACUCAAUGUUAAUCUGACUGUGAAGCUUCUGUUAUCAAUUAAACAGUUAGCAAUAAACAGUUGCUUUUAAUUUUUUAUAUUUUAUUAUUAUGGAUUUUUCAUGUUCAUUUCAGGGAUGUAAAUAGUCUAACAUAUUUAAGCAGUUGCUAUGGUGAAUAAGUAAUGGUACCCCGGAGCCCCUGGUAUCACUGUGUCUCAGUUCCAGUUCCUCAGUUGUAGGUGGAACUGAACCAUUGUGGAUGGCUGAGACCCAGUUCUGGUACUGUUCCAGUAAAAAAGCAGUAGAACAAUUGGAGGGGGUUCUAUAAGUGAUGAGAUCAGACUAGAGUCUGGUUGUUUUAAGGUUUUAAUAGGAUGCAUAUUUUCUUUUGAUUCGGUAAUCUGUGCAUUUUUAUUUUGUUCAAAUGAUUUUACAUUUUAUAAAUUAAAAAUAAAGAUUUUUCUCUAAAA